CUAAUCUAAUACUCCAAACUUGCCAAUAUGAACAUAAUCCAUAUAACUAAUUCUCGUUGGUCGCAUGCAUUCUUUAUCGUUUCACAAAAAUGGACAAUAGGAUGGAAAUAGACUAGUUUGUUGCAUAGUAUAUAACUGAAGUGUGAACAAUUUGUUUUCCCACAUUAUCUGUACAUUCUUAAUUUGUUUCAACAAUCAAAUAGGAUAGGAACCAUCCAAUUAUCUGUUCUUUUUUCCAAUAUUAUUGCAAGCAAAAACGUCAAGAAAUGCGGCUUAUGUCAACAAAUUCUACGUUCACUUGAUCAUAGAGCUAUUUGUAUCGUUUGUUUCCCAUGCAUAUUUUUCUUUAUAUACUUCACUUCUUAUGGUUGUCUUCUAUACCUUAUCUUCUACUGAUUUAUUGUCGAGCUUUCAAAAUCCUAGUGAAGAUGAAGAUCUUAAAUCUUGUCACUCUUUGCUGCCUCUAUCUUUCGAUCUCUCUUCUCUUUAAUUUUGUAGCUCCUACCUUAUUGUUUCAGGGCUUUAAUUGGGAAUCAUGCAAUAAGCAAGGUGGACUGUAUAACUCACUGAAAAACUCUAUUGAUGAUUUAGCUAGAGCCGGGGUAACCCAUGUCUGGCUUCCGCCUCCAUCUCACUCUGUUUCACCUCAAGGAUAUUUUCCUGGAAGAUUAUACGACCUCGAUGCAUCAAGGUAUGGGAAUGAGGCUGAUUUAAAGAGCUUGAUCAGCGCCUUCCACCAAAGAGGAAUCAAAUGUAUUGCUGACAUAGUCAUAAAUCAUAGAUGUGCUGAUAAAAAAGAUGGAAGAGGAAUAUACUGCAUUUUUGAAGGUGGAACACCUGAUGAUCGCCUGGAUUGGGGUCCUUGGGCUAUUUGUAGAGAUGACACUCAAUUUUCAGAUGGGAGUGGUAAUCUAGACACAGGGGCUGGUUAUGGUGCAGCCCCUGAUAUUGAUCAUCUUAAUCCAAGAGUACAAAAGGAGUUGAUAGAUUGGAUGAACUGGCUUAAGACUGAGGUCGGUUUUGAUGGGUGGAGGUUUGAUUUUGUAAAGGGAUAUGCUCCUAGCAUUACCAAAAUUUACAUGGAGAAGACUAAGCCAGAUUUUGCUGUAGGGGAACUUUGGGAUUCAAUAAACUAUGAUCCUGAUGGUAAGCCAGACUACAACCAAGACGGACCCAGAAAUGAACUUGCAGGAUGGGUACAGAAUGCAGGUGGUGGUGUUGUUUCUGCAUUUGAUUUUACUACCAAAGGUGUUCUUCAAGCUGCUGUGCACGGGGAAUGGUGGAGAAUGAAGGACUCAAACGGCAAACCUAGUGGAUUAAUAGAAAUUAUGCCGAAGAAUGCAGUUACUUUCAUUGAUAAUCAUGACACUGGAUCCACCCAAAACUUAUGGCCUUUCCCUGCUGAUAAAGUCAUGCAAGGUUAUGCUUAUAUUUUGACACACCCUGGAAUUCCAUCCAUAUUUUAUGAUCAUUUCAUUGAAUGGGGACUCAAGGAAGAAAUCAGUAAAUUGACUUCAAUCAGGUUAAGGAACGCGAUAACUGAAACAAGUAAUGUGAUUAUAAUGGCCUCGGAUGCAGAUGUAUAUGUAGCAAUGAUUGAUGGGAAGGUUAUAGUUAAGAUUGGACCAAGGUUUGAUGUUGGUAAUCUUAUUCCCUCAAACUUCAAGGUUGCUACUGCUGGAAAAGACUAUUGUGUUUGGGAGAAGCAAGACUAAUUGGCUAAUAUCGGAUGCAUAAGUACUAUAUAUGCAUGCAUGCAUGACCAAAUAAAUUCAAGAAAUGUGUAGCAUUGUUGACUUGUUAGAGAAUUGUAUGGAAGAUUGCUUUUACAUUGUAGAUGAGUUCAUGAUUUUUAA